UCCUCAUAAAACCUUCAUUUCUACAUUGUGCAUAUCGUGUGUACACAUUUCCCUGUGAAUUAAGUGCGACACAAAGAAGAUGGAGCACUCCUCUGAAGAAGCACCUCUGGCCGCAGACAGCCGCGCUGGCAGCGAGCAAGUCCUGAUACCGGCCUCUGGAACACCCGGAGGCUCAAACGGACAUGCUUUGAAGAUCGCUGGCAUCACCACUCUGGUCUGUCUGCUAGUGUCCGCUCAGGUCUUCACUGCCUACAUGAUGUUUGACCAGAAGCAGCAGAUUCAGGACCUGCAAGCCACCAACCAGAGGAUGGAGAAGCAGGUGUCUCUGCGCUCACGAGUGUCCCCACAGAAAAUGGUGAUGCCAAUGGCUAGCAUGCCCCUCCUGGACUUCUCUGAUGACAGCAAUGCACCAAAUCCGACAACACCAAAAGAAGCACCUAAGCUGAACAAGACCCCAAGUCCUCCCAGUGUGGAGGAACAGCUAAUGGAUCUCAUGAAGGAUUUGGAGCUUCCUCAUUUCAACAAAACGUUCCUGGCUAACCUGCAGACCCUGAAGCAGCAGGUCAAUGAGACCUCCUGGAAGAGCUUGGAAUCUUGGCUACGUUACUGGCUGAUCUUCCAAAUGGCCCAGAAGGCUCCCACACCUCAACCAGCUUCUGAAGUUAAGACCAAGUGCCAGUCCGAAGCUGCUGCUGGAGUGAGCGGGCUGAUUGGCGCCUACAGGCCUCAGUGUGAUGAGCAGGGCAACUACAAGAGGAUGCAGUGCUGGCACGCCACACGCCAGUGCUGGUGCGUGGAUGAGAGCGGCACUCCCAUUGACGGCUCCAACACUCAGGGCCGCCCCAACUGUGACCAAUUCUUGAGGGCCCGCCGCACCAAAAGUAAUACUCUGAUGUUGGCAGACCUCACAGAUUAGGCUGACAAUUCAAGCAAACAGCUGAAGAAUCCUGGGUGACUGUUUCUUCUUAAUGGGAUAAUUUGCACUUAUAUUUUUGUUUUUCAGAACAGGAUCUGCUACUGUAGUUUUCAGUACACCAAGCACUUAUGUUACAGUAUAUAGGCCCUAAUUGAAUAAUUAUAUAUUUCUCAUCUGUUAUUAUUCUUAAAUUGGUGUUUCUCAAUAUUGAUCUUUAUGAUUUUGCUUUUGAAAUAAAAAAUUGUCCAAUUAA